AUGUCAGUAUUUGGUCCAGAUUUGCGUGAGAUAGCACAUAGUAGUAUAUCAACAAUGCCAGUAUUUGGUCCAGAUGGACGAGUACUUCAGAAGGGCGCUACAGUAACGAAUUCUUCACCACCCAACAGUACUUUGAAGAGUAUUGGACAGCUUGGCAAGCGUUAUGGACGAAGUUGUGAUUUUUUAGAAAAACGUCGAACCGAAGAUUUUCGAUCAUUUGAUAAUAAUCCAAUAGCUCAGGUUGGCUCAAUUUUUAUGUUUAAAAAAUUGCAACAAACUGAGUGA